AUGAAGGGGAGAGCGCCCCCUAUUUAUAGGGAUUCGCGCCUAUCGGGUCGAGACCGCCGUCUCGUUUGGCGAGACGGCGGUAUCGACUUGCCAAAGGACGAGAGGGUCGUGUCGCCAAACAAGAUGGCGUCUCGACUUGCCAUUCAGCGAGACGACAAUCCCGAAAAGCGAGAUGGCGAUCUCGAAAAGCGAGACGGCAGUCUCGACCCCAUAAGGUGGGAAUCCUUAUUUUUCGUACAAAAAAACCUUCGUAGUCUAAUAUGGGGCCAAAUAGUCUCUCCUAGUGGAUUUUUAGGCCUUCCCCAUCUUCGAUUUGGAGGUCUUCUGCUCUUUAUUUUGAGGUCUGGCAAGAUUUGGGGUCUGUUAGCCGACUGUUGGCCUGCUGUGCCAAGAAGAUCGGCUGGAGGGUGA